GCAUCAUACCACUGCCGAUAAUGAACAAGUUCUAUCCUCGCGCUGGCGAGAAUAAGCUUUCUAUCUCUCAUCCAGAGAUCGCGGCAGUUAGGCCCAAGUUUUUUGCCGCAGCGUUGUUGAACUUUGUGUUGUAUAUUCUGUUGUUCUUCUGUCUCUUCUGCUAUUUAUAUGGAUCUCUCUUUCAACAAAUUCCUCGAACACACAACGUUCACAUCUUAUGGAUCGAUUAUGACGGCGGAAUCAUCGGCGAUGCUGUGCGAACAGCCUACAGCUCUUUGCAGUCUAACCAAUUUCCUGCUUUAAUCGAGAAAGCAGUUUCACAAUUCCCAACUCCAGGCGACCUGAGAGAAGCUAUUUGCAGAUCGCACUAUUGGGCCGCGCUAUAUACAUCUCCUGGAGCUUCUGUCAAUUUAGCUCAAGCCAUUGCUGGAUCUAAUACCUCUGUAUACAACACGUCAGACGUGCUCACAUUUAUCUGGAAUGAAGCCAAGUAUCCUACUUCCAUGGAUGGUAUCAUCUCAACGAACCUUCACACACUAUCUGAUGCUGCACGCAUUUCCUACAUCGCUCUCAACGGCACCUCUGCGUUCCUCACAAUUCCGCCCAACAACUCUGCUGCUAUAUCUGUCUUCACCAAUCCCUGGACUCUGACGGCAAUCAACAUCAAGCCCACAAUUCAAGGCACCCGUGCGGUUUACAACACUAUAUCCUUUGUGUUGGUUCUCAUUGAAGACUUCUUCUUCCUCGCUACAUUAAAUGGACUGUAUGUCCAGUUCAAAAUCUUCUUGAAAAUAUCACCUGGACGAAUCAUAAUUGUUCGCGAUUUUAUUUCUCUUACAUUCACCAUGGUUAGCGCUUUGGUGAAUUCUGCUGCAAUCUGGGCGUUCAAGGCGAACUGGAAUGUAACAGGAGGUCAAUGGGCUCUGACCUGGCUGACUUUAUGGCUGUACGCCCACGCCAACUUUCUCAUAUUCGACACUUUCACCAUCUGGAUACCUCUGCAGUUCGUCUCGAUGGCCCUCGUCACAUGGAUUGUGGUGAAUAUCACCUCAAUCGUAUUUCCGUUCAGUGUGAUGUCGCCUUUCUAUCGCUGGGGAUACGCCCUGCCUACACACGCAGCCUAUGAAAUCCUAACAGACAUCUGGUCAGGCGGCUGCAAUCCGCAUCUGUCUUACGCACUCCCGGUCUUGUUCGCUUAUGAAGUGGUUGGACUCAUCUUGACUAGUAUAGGCGCAUACAAACGUUGUCAUAAUGCUGUGAUAGUGGAUGAGACUACUAAAGAGGCGAUGCGGUUACAAGUAGAGGCAGCGCUCAAGGCAGAGCGCAGGCGCAGCAGUCUAGCGGGACAAGAAAGUCACGAAAAGCGCGCUCGAAGAACUCAUACAGGAGAAUCAUCCCAUACAACAGAAGAUGCAGGUACUUUGGAUCAAAGCAAUGACGCCACUGAGGAUGAGGAGGACCUUGAAGAGCUUGAAGAUGUCGACACUCGAAUUGAGAGAAUGCGAUCGAGAGCGUCCGCACUGUCAAAUAUUGGCCCAGCAUUUCGACUUAUCGGCUCAGAUGAUUAGUAGCAGUUUGUAUUUAGGUUUUUCUAAUAUUUGAGCAGCUGUCUGUUCCGUAUUUAUCCCUUAUGGACAAGAAUAGGCUGUUACAUACGCCCUACAAGCA